GGUGCGGGUGUAGCGGCGCCCCGCAGCAUCCCCCGGGCUGGGCCGUGGCUGCAGCGGAGCCGUUUGGAACAGCCGAUGCCGUCUCCAGCCUCUGCACCGCGGCAUCCCCGUGGCCGAGGCCGGCAGCAUCCCUGUGCUGAGCGUGCCCUCCUUUCCCUGUCCUCUGCCAAGUCCUGGAGAGAUCCUGUUGGUAAAGGGAAAAGCCGCAGCUCUGGAGCCCGGGGAGCAGCCGCAGAGAGGGGUCUGGCCUGGCCGUGGUGUUCCUUGCCCUCGGUGGAAGCACACGGAGCCGGUGAGAAGGGGAAAACCCCCCAGCUCCCUCCUGCAGCCAUGGAAGGGGGUGUGCAGCUCCUCAACCGCGACGGGCACAGCAUCUCCCACAACUCCAAGCGCCACUAUCACGAUGCCUUCGUGUGCAUGAACCGCAUGAGGCAGCGGGGGCUGCUCUGCGACAUCGUGCUCCAUGUGGGCACCAAGGAGAUCAAGGCCCACAAGGUGGUGCUGGCGUCGUGCAGCCCGUACUUCCACGCCAUGUUCACAAAUGAGAUGAGUGAGAGCCGCCAGACCCACGUGACGCUGCAUGACAUCGACCCCCAGGCCCUGGAGCAGCUGGUGCAAUACGCCUACACCGCUGAGAUCGUGGUGGGAGAGGGGAAUGUGCAGACACUUCUUCCUGCUGCCAGCCUGCUUCAGCUCAAUGGUGUGCGGGAUGCUUGCUGCAAGUUCCUGCUCAGCCAGCUCGACCCAUCCAACUGCCUGGGGAUCCGGGGCUUUGCUGACACCCACUCCUGCAGUGACCUCCUCAAGUCUGCUCACAAGUACGUCCUCCAACACUUCGUGGAGGUGUCCAAGACAGAGGAGUUCAUGCUGCUGCCUCUUAAACAGGUGCUGGACCUCAUUUCUAGUGACAGCCUCAAUGUGCCAUCGGAGGAGGAGGUGUACCGGGCUGUGCUCAGCUGGGUCAAACAUGAUGUGGACAGCAGGAGACAGCACGUCCCCAGGCUCAUGAAGUGCGUCCGGCUGCCCCUGCUGAGCCGGGACUUCCUCAUGAGCAACGUGGACACGGAGCUGCUGGUGCGGCACCACUCGGAGUGCAAGGACCUGCUGAUCGAAGCCCUCAAGUACCACCUCAUGCCAGAGCAGAGGGGCGUCCUGAGCAACAGCCGGACGAGGCCGCGGCGCUGCGAGGGGGCCAGCACGGUGCUCUUCUCCGUGGGUGGAGGGAGCCUGUUUGCCAUCCACGGGGACUGUGAGGCCUACGACACGCGGACGGACCGGUGGCACAUGGUGGCCUCCAUGUCAACGCGCAGGGCCAGGGUGGGCGUCGCGGCCAUUGGGAACAAGCUCUACGCCGUGGGCGGCUACGACGGGACCUCUGACUUGGCUACAGUGGAGUCCUAUGAUCCUGUCACCAAUUCCUGGCAACCUGAGGUGUCCAUGGGCACCAGGAGGAGCUGCCUGGGUGUAGCAGCACUUCAUGGGCUUCUCUAUGCUGCUGGGGGGUACGAUGGGGCCUCGUGCCUGAACAGCGCAGAGAGGUACGACCCUCUGACAGGCACCUGGACAUCCAUCGCUGCCAUGAGCACCAGGAGACGCUACGUCCGGGUGGCAACUCUAGAAGGCAACCUCUAUGCUGUUGGGGGAUACGACAGCUCAUCCCACUUAGCCACGGUAGAGAAAUAUGAGCCCCAGAUCAACACCUGGACACCCAUCGCCAACAUGCUGAGCCGCCGGAGCAGCGCGGGGGUGGCCGUGCUGGAGGGGAUGCUCUACGUGGCUGGGGGCAACGAUGGCACCAGCUGCCUUAACUCUGUGGAGCGCUACAACCCCAAAACCAACACGUGGGAGAGCGUGGCACCCAUGAACAUCCGCAGGAGCACCCACGACCUGGUGGCCAUGGAUGGGUGGCUGUACGCCGUGGGUGGCAACGACGGGAGCUCCAGCCUCAACUCCAUCGAGAAGUACAACCCCCGCACCAACAAGUGGGUGGCAGCGUCCUGCAUGUUCACCCGCCGGAGCAGCGUGGGGGUGGCCGUGCUGGAACUCCUCAACUUCCCUCCCCCCUCCUCGCCCACUCUCUCGGUGUCUUCGACGAGCCUUUGACAAAGAAUCAGGACGUACCUUACCUCAAGGGGACAGGGGUGCCUGGCAGGGCUCUAGGCCGGCCCCGAGGGGCAGCUGGUCGCUGUAGGAGGGGAGCGAAGGUCCUGGUUGGUGCCUGCAGCCCCAGCACUCCUGUGAACCCCGGAGCUGUCCCCGCUCUUGGGGCGCCCAUCGGAUCAGCGCGACCACAGCAGUUAGAAAUGUGCUUCCUGGACGAGCACCCUCGGUCGGAGGGCGACGAGGCGGGUGCUCUCCGCUCCGCUCAGACUCAUCCCACCGCCCGCCCCAAGGGCUCAUAAUCUCCUUUGGGGAGGGGAAACUGUAAACCAUUGCUGCUUCUUGGAUUCAUGGGAUCCAGCCGGUGCCACACACGAGCACAGCCAGCCUUGGAGGCUUCCAGGAGCCCCGUGGGGUGGCCGAGGUGGGCAGCGCUCCUGCCAAGGACACGGCGAAUGUGCGACCACCGCUCCUCUGAAUGUCACUGUAGCCAAACUCUUUACCAAGCCUAUCGUGCACUGUUAAAGACUCUGAGGCCACUGUAUGGUUCUCAAUGGUGUCUCAUUGAUGCCUUAAAAUACACAAACAGAAGAAUCCCAGCUAAGGGACAGGGCCUGGAGGAGGUGAGGUUCGGAGGCAGAACUGGACGUAGCAUCCUGAACCCUCCAGUGUUUCCAUGCUCUGCUGGCCCCCACCUCAUCCCCCGAGAUCCCAGCUGGCCAUUGCUCUGGGGAGUCCCAAGCCAGGCAGAUGGGUUGGGUGACCUUGUUGGCAUCCAUGCCAUUGCUGUCCCAUGCUCAAAGGACUGGGUGGCUGCCUGCUCUCUGCACGUGGUCCUGGCUCAGACUGGGAAAAGAUUGGCCUGUUUGCUGUUCCCCUCUCUGCAAAGCAGAUUCUGGGUUUGUGGAGAGCUAUCAGUUCUUUAAAAAAGAACAGUCCAGCCUUCUAAAUGAGGAGGAUUGCCUGGCAUUACUUCUUUUGGGUAUUAAUUUUUUGCCUUUUUUUAUUUGAAUGCUAAUAUUUUAGUUUUUAAUUACUUCAUAUCCCUUUGUUUUCUACGCUACCCCGGUAUUCCCCAUCCCAUCUGCUUCUAAGGCAGCAGAAGGGAUGCAAUUACUUUUCUCAUUUGUUGAGGAGACGAUGCCUGUGUCCUGGAAGACGUUCUCUGUGGAUGUGUGGGGUGUGUGCAUGUGUGAGAUACCGAAUGUGCAGCGAAAGCAGCACGGAAGGGACCAUUUGCAAUUAGCGACUCCCUGGCAAUUAAGCAACCCCUUUAAUUAACUGAAGGUUGAAUAAAUUAGUGCUGUAAGUCACAGGCCUAUCCUAGACCCACCUGUGCCACGGAGCCUCUGGGGUGGUGUUUUCAGUGCGUGUGCUGUGCGUGUGAGCCGUGAACUGAGGCACAGAUCAGGUGUUCUCUGCAUUACAGAGGAAUGACUCAACCACUGGUACCUCAAUAGUGUUCAAAUGUAGCACUGGAAUACAAUCUAACUGUUUGGAACUAAUUCCUUUAUCCCUUUUUCCCCCCGCUCCCUCUCGUUUCUCAUUCACAGAGUUCAGAUUACGCUCGUGGUGGGGAUUUGUUGGCCUGAAUUUUCAAGUGGCGAGAGAUUUCUUCUCUUUUUUUUGAGGGGGAGGUUGGGUGAAAGGAGAGUUUGAAAUGAAACAGGGACUCCCCAGCUUAAGACAAUUUUUUUUGCGGUCUGAUUUCUCCUGGACUGGUGCCUGCAUGUUUUGCAAGCCCACUGACACGCUUUACAAGCCCACUCACAGUGCCUCACGCUGGACACCUGAAAUUACCAGCAGCUUCUGAAAACCUGAGCUGCUUCCCUCCCCAACCAGUCCCCAAGGGACAGCCUCGUCUUCUCAGGCUGAGGAGGCCUUUUUGGCUUUUAGAACAGACUCUAAAUUUGCUUUUUGUCCGCCUCUCACUUGCCCAGCCCGUCACAGCUCAGCAGCUCUCCUGUUCCUCUGUACUGCAGAGGGGUCUGUGAACAUCCAAGCUCUGUGCAGGUUGUCUCUUGGUCCGUGUGGGCUGCCCUCAGAAGGUCAGAUGAAUCUGCUUUGUACAAAAAACCCAAUGAAAUCAGUGAAGUCUGCUCUGUUUAGUGCGUGUGCCCACACCUGAGCGAGGUUCAACCCUUUCCAUCCCAUUCCUAGAACCAACAUCAGGAUUUUACUCUUCUGCUGGGCUCGUAUCGACUCAAGGUGCCCCUGGCUCCAGGGUCCUCUUGGAAGGAGGAUCAGCCCAAAGGCCCCGUGGCCGUGUCAGAGGUGGAAGGUGCAGGUGCUGGGCUUGGCCUGACAUUCCAAGAUCCUGCUGAGAACUCAGCAGGAGUCAGGAGUGGCAAAAUGAGAGCGAAGCCCAGCCAGGCUGCUGGAGGGAGCAUGGCACGGCAAAGAGGGGCACUGCAGGGCUGAGGAGGAACUGCUGGAGGGGAAACACGGCUGAUUUCAAACAAGGAACGAGUUGUUAUAGCAGUGGUUCAGCAUCUGGUCCAGCUGUGGCUGCUGUAGCAUGAAGGGGGGCUGCUGCCUUGGGAGCAAAACCAGAGGGGAAGCGAGAAAUGUAGCAGCUGAGGAGAAUUUUUCUGCCAUAUGCCCUUGGCCUCUAUACACUGAAAAUGGUGUGUGAUGCUGUCCUGCCUCCUGAGGAUCAGGGAAAGGGGCAGUGUGACUCCUGUCCUCCCCUGGUUGGGUCCUGAGCAAUAUCCCACUGAGCCUGUUCAGCAGAACCCUGGGGAGGAGGGAGCCUUUUGUGUCUCUGCUGUACUAACUAUGCAGGUGCUCACUGCUUUCCUGUGCAAGAGAGAGAAGGGAGGACAGGGCAAAAUAGUUCCUCAUCAGCUUGUGGGGGUCCAGAGCACCCCGACCCACACUGUGUGGACACGAGGUGUCAGCAUCUGCCCUGGGAGGUGCCAGGGUGGAAUCGCUUCUGGUGCUGCACGUCCCUUGCUGAGGAGGAGGAGGAGGAGGAGGAGGAGGAGGAGGAGACCUCGGAGGGGGCGUGUGUCUGUGUCUGUCUGUCUGUGCGUAGUACCCUGUCUGAGGGGAGGAGAACCGUCAACUCUGCGUGUGGCUUCUCUGCCAGUCUUAGUUCGUGGUGUCUCACCCAAAACGUUUAUUCGUGUGAUUUCCCAUGUGAGCUUUUCCCAGCGGAGGGGCGUCCCCGAGGAGGGGGAGCCCCAGGCUGUGUCUGUUGAUGUGUUCUGCCCAGGGACCCCGGUGUUGGUCUGCAGGGAGGCAGCAAGGCCAGGCAGGAGCCCCUGCCCUGACGAGGGUGCAGAGGUUCCCUUGGUCCUACUGCUGGGCAGACCUGGUCCAAUCCAUGUCAAACCGUCGUCACUUUGAUUUCUCUGUAAGUUAUCUGACUUAUUUAUGUGGAACUCUGUUUCUCGGAAUUUUUUGCACUACAUGGGACUGGGGAGGGGAUACAAGCAAUAGAAGCCAACAUGUACAAUAAAGACAUUUUCUUGAA